CAUUCUAAUUUGGAUCAUACAGAACGGAACGGAUCAUCCUUGUGGGUGAUGUCACAAUAGCGACCUGACAGCCCUGCCUGUGAUAACACUGUGGAUCACAGGAAUGAGCAGAGCCAGGCUGAGGCACUGAGACAGAGCAAGCGGCCCCGCCCUCAACCCCGCAGCCCUUUGGCAAUGCGGCGUCGUGCUAGAACCCGGAGGAACUACGCCAGAGACGGGUCCCCAGGGGCCCGUCCCCGGGACCAGUCCAGUGCCAGGCCGUCGCCACCCCCGCCUCAGGAGCCCCAGGGCCUGAACAGUUCCUCCUGCAGCCGGGACGUCCCGGGGCAGGCCAGCCCCCGGUCCACUGCAGACUGGGGGGGGAUGAGUCGGAGCCGGAGCAGGGAGGGGUGCGGGACGGAGGAACCUGAGGGGGCAGUGGGGGGGCAGGCCAUGCAGGACAGAGGGUCCGCAUCGACGUCAGCCCCGCUGCUGAUAACGCUGACCGAUAGGAGCAGAGCUGUCCGAUACAGGGCCGGCCAUCCAGCCUCACAGAUGCGAGUUCCUUCGCCCUGGCCUCAGGACGGAGGCCACACGUCGGGAUCUCACGGCCUGUCUGUGACCCAGUCCGACAGCGCCAUCUCUCGGCAGGAGCUCGUAGGCAGAUUCAAGCUUUUCUACGGCGCCAACAUGGGCACCGAAACGCGGAAUGUCGAGUUCAAACUAGGGGGAGGCGAGUACCUGCGCUCCGGCUUCCGCUUCCACCUGCGGCGCUACGCCUGCGCCUUCCUGAACAGCGGCGGCGGGGGUACCCUGCUGGUGGGCGUGGACGACGAGGGGGUGGUCCGUGGCCUGCAGCUCAGCCACCGCCAGGAGGACCAGGUCCGUCUGCUGGUGGACUCGGUCCUCAGGGGCUUCCGGCCCCCGCUGCUCCCCCACAAGUACAGCCUGCGCUUCAUACCGGUGGUCCGGCCCGGGCCCCUGGGGCGGGACCUGAAGGUGCUGGCCCUCCACGUGGGGGCCACCACCCCGGCCCCCUCCUCGUCGUCUCCUCUUCCUCAUCCUCCCCCGAGGGGGGGGGACGUCCUCUACCAGACGGACCUGGGCGACGUGUUCCUCCGGCGGGACGGCAGCGUGGACGGACCCCUGUCGGCCGGGGCCAUCCAGGAGUGGGCCAGACAGCGGUGGAGCGGCGAGGUGGGGCGUCUCCAGGGCAACCUGGACCUGCUGCUGUCUGAGCAGCGGCUGCUGACCCGGGAGGUCUGCCUGCAGAACCGCACCAUCGCCGCCCUGCACAGACAGCUGCGACGCCCGCCCCCCGCCUGGGGCCCCACGGCAGGGGGGGCCGCCGCCGGGACACUGAAGAAGAGGAAGACGACGGCGACAGAGGAGUCGGACACAACGGCGGAAGGAACCACGUCGACCAAUCUGCUGCUCUCUCCCCGAGUGACCACUGAACCAUGGGAGGUCGGAGAACUUCCUGGCUGUGGAGGUGUAGGGCUGGUGCCAGCGGGACAGAACCCCAACGGGUCACUGGGGGGGUCGCUGUGCUGCCGGUGUAAGGCACAGGACCCCGGGGCCACCAGGAGGUAUAGACUCUGCCAUCUGAUGUGAAGACGAGGGGCUUGAAUACACAAAUGCACG